UAUGAGUUAUGGUAAUUCCAUUCUGUAGUUCAGCGAUUAGUCAUCUCCCUUCCGACGAGGAUGGGCCAAUCAUGGGUGCGAUAAUUGGCCUUUCGCCGGCGGCCGGGGCGUUCCGAUUUUCCCAGACGGCAAAGGAAGUGCCAAAGCUCAAAACCGCCAACCUCAUCCAAACUCGCUCGUUGCUGCCCACCGCACCACCACCACUACCACCCCCACACCUUCGCCCACCCUAGGCUCUCCCCGGUAGUCAUCAAUUGACCAGUUUCCUCCCCCCGCACACGAACACAAUGGGUCUCGCCGACUUCUUCUCCGACGUCAUCUCCUCCUUCGGCUUCCCCGAGGCUCAGGCUGAGGCUCCCGCCGAGUCCGUCGAGCAGACCAGCAACCAGGAGGCUGAGUCUUCCGAGGAGAAGCCCGCUGAGGAGGCUGCCGCUUCCAGCGAAGAGUCCACCGAGGAGUCCGCUGAGGAGACCCCCGCUGAGGAGUCUUCCGAGGAGGAGGAGCCCCAGGAGGAGGAAGAGGAGGAGGAGGAAGAAGAGGAGGAAGAGGAGGAGGAGCCCGAGGACAUCAAGCCCAAGCUCGAGGAGGAGUGCGCCAACUCCGCCCAGUGCGCCCCCUACAAGCACCACUUCGAUGAGUGCAUCGAGCGCGUAACCAAGCAGGAGGAGGAUGAGGACUACAAGGGUCCCAAGGAGGACUGCGUUGAGGAGUUCUUCCACCUCACGCACUGCGCCACUCAGUGCGCCGCCCCCAAGCUCUGGAAGCAGCUCGCCUAAACGGGCUACGACUUGCGAAACGAUUACCUCCUCUUUUCCCUCCGCCGCGCGAUGUGUCUUUUCGAAAAUUGUCAUGGCCACCGCUAAGCUCAGUCUCGAUUGUAUAACAACGACGGAAUGGAAACCCUCGUGCGGUGCGAAAUAGGGGAGAACGAUCGCGUACCCAAGAAAGACAACCGUUUCCGUUUCAGGUCCAGA